GCAUGUGGAGGAGGGGAGGCUCCCAGGUCAGCGGCAGCAGGGUGUCGGCCGUGCUGGUUGUGCUGUCAGCCUGGAGGGCAGAGGAGCCCAUCUGCGCCGUGGGCCAUGGCGUGGCUGCCCUUUGCUGUGCCACCAAUGAGGACAGAUCCUGGGUGUUCCAAGGCUACAGCGUCACAGGGGUGAGUGCACUGCUGGGGGGCCCAGGGUCACUUCUGGGGGGGGCAGCAGUCACCUGCCCAGGUGGGGGUGUCAGCGUUCCAGCCCCGGGGGGCGGGCAGGGCUCCGUCAAGGCCUCGUGCCUGUGGAGUGUUGGACUUCUUUCGGGUCCAAGAAAGUGGCGCCGCCACUUGGGCGGAGGGCCCGCUGGACAGGGAGCCGGGGUAAGGGUCCUGGGGCCGGUCUAACGGACAGAGGGGAGGCAGGGGGCUGCACGGGGCCAGCCUGGCCUGUGGCUCAGGAGAGCAGCAGGCCUCCCAGGGCUGCUUGUGUGGCGCCUGGGGGCGGCUGCAGCUCCCACCCCCAGCUCUCUGACCACCAAAGGGCUCAGCCCCGAGGCCACCUGCCCAGCCUGUUCUGGUCACCCAUCUGCCCCGAUGCUGGGGGCGUUCUCCCCCCAGCAUCGCCAGCACACACCCUCGCCCACAGCCCUCUGUGUACGAGCUCGUCCGGGCGCCCGGCUUCGCCCACCUGCCCCUGAUCGUGGAGGACUUUGCGAAGGACGCGGGCGCCUGCUUCAGCGCCAGCCAGCCUGACGCCGUGCACGUCGUGCUGGACCGCCACCUCGUUACGGGCCAGAACGCCGGCUCCACCGUCCCGGCCGUGCAGAACCUGCUCUUCCUCUGUGGCAGCCGGAAGUGAGGCGGCCCUGAACUGAGCCUGCCACCUGCACACAUCCUGGACGCCCCCCGGGCAGCUGGACUCUCAGGCCUCAGGGACCCUGCCUCCGUGACAUCCCGGCCUGGCCUGGUGGGGUUUCUGGAGGGCUCUCGGGGUGCUAGCCCUGGGGAGGCUGAGCCCUGACGCCACACCUUCUGGGGGGGGGGGUGUCAGGGCCCAGGUGCUGCUUUGGCUGCCACGAGGUCCCUGAGAUCCUGCGUGUUCCACGGAGCGAGUGGGCUGUGGGGCCCGGAGUGGGGAGCAGAGCCUGAGCCUUUCCGAAGCCUGGGGGGGGCCUGCCGGUUGGGCAGUGGCGGCCAGGGCUUCCGGAGGCCCCGCCGGGGGGGAGGGGCCUCUGGUUGGUGUCAGACCUGACGGUGACCCCAUGUCAGGCCCGGGUGGAUCUCCGUGUCACCGUGUCCCUCCUGACGUUGAGAGAAACAGUUGGGACGCAGGGCCCUGCCCAAGUGGCCUCCAGGUGGUGCCCCGAGCCCAGCUUUGCAGCUGCUCUGCCUGUCUCACAGCAGCCACGACGGGCGUGAGCUUCACUGGGAAGGAGGCCAUGAGCGUGGCUGACCUGGGGUGGCAGGCAGUCCUCACCUCUCAGGCCCCGGACAGGCCUCUGCCAGGGGUGCCAGGCGGCUGUCCAGCCAGCUGGCUCCCUCUGCAGCCAGGCAUCUCUAGCCUCUCUGGGGCGCCUGGCCUGGCCCUCGGCUGGGCCCUCUGGAGCUGCUGGCCUCCAUGCGUGUCCCUUACCUUUUCCUGUCACCCUUAUCCAACCCCUCGUAACGAAAGGGGAGGAGGCAGGGCCCUGAGUCCGAGGCCACUUCCCUCCUGUGGCGUGGCUGUGGGCUCGGGCCGGGGACGGAGCCUGUGCCACAGCAGUGACAACGCCAGGUGCUUAACUGCUGGGCCACCAGGGAAGUCCAUGCACUGUCCUUUCUGUCCAGCGUUUCCCACGUUCCCAGGAUCAGAGCCCCUGACACCUGCUGGCCAGCUCUGUCCACGGUGGGCCUGGCCAGCCCUGCUGUGAGGCCUCUGGCAUCCCGGGCCUGCAGUUGUCCCGUGGUUACGGCCUGCUCUGGAUGAAAGGUUUUUUUUUAAGGAGACAGCUUGGGGGCCCAAUCCUGUGUCGUCUGCAGAGAGCUGCUUUGUGACGGGCCAGAUGCAGACCCAGGGGCUCUGCGGGGCCUCCCGUUUCAGGGCACCGGGAUGGGUGGUGGUGGGGGGGGGGUAGGGGCUGGAAGGAGGACAGGAGCCUGGGAAGAUGGUCGCUGAGUGUGGGCACCCGUGCCCUCUGGGGCUCCCACAUGCCCAGUCUGCCCUAAAGAAAUAAAAACCUAGACCUCCACAGAGACGGAGUGUGACUGUCCCUGGGGUCGUCUGCUGCGGCUUUUCCGUAAGUGGCUGCUCUUCCGAGUGGACAGCAGGGAUGUCCGGACGAUGGACUAGCCUUCGGCCAGAAAACAGUCUCUUCCAGACACACCCAUGGCACGUGGAAGUUCCCGGCCAGGGACGGGGUCUCCACGCACCACACCGCAGCGGGUCCUUGGCCCACUGCACUCCCAGGGUGAAGUCCUGAUGGCACGUGUGCAACAGUGACUCGGCAGAGGUCGUGCCGCGAGACAAGACCGGGGUGGAGGAGGAGAAAACUCCCUGGGUGGUUUGUGGGGGGGACGGGGCAGGUCCUCUCGGGGAUGGUGGUGUCCCGAGGCUGGAGCUCGGGUGGGCAGGGGCCUCCUGUACAUCCUGAGGCCCCGGGCUGGGCGGGGUGCAGACCUCCGAGUCCUGCUGGGGCACAGGCCUUUGACCCGCUCGGGGAGGGAGGGAGGACAGGGCUGGGCAGGGCCCCCCUCAGCAGGUCCCUGAGGUGGGUGCCCAGUCCCCACCGAACCCAAGCACCAGGAUGGGUGGGGCCAGGCCGAGCCGGCUAUUCCGAUGGCUUGAGGUGGUGCCUGCCCCUGCUUUGGGGGAGGACGGCUGGAGAAGGCUCUGGAGCCCCGGACCCCACCCCCAGCCGAGGGGGCUCAGGGAGCCCUGCUCACCUGUGGUGAGCCCCGUACCUGGGAACAAGCCCAGCCUGGCAAGGCGUCCCAGGCAGGGGAGGGACGGUGGCUGCCUGGGAGGGCAGGGGGCUCCCCAUGGGCCCUUGGCCAGACCCAGGCCUGUGUGGACACUGAGGUCCCCAGGCGCUAACCUGGAGGUCCAGCCGGGCCCCCUCUGCACCUGGGGGCUGUGGUCCCGGCACCUCACCCAGAUCCGUGUCCCUGCUCACGGUUCAAGAACAGAGGCUGGUCGCAGGGGCGGGAGGGGCACCCAGUGGACCCCCAUCACCCCCACUGGGCCCUUCCCAGUGCAGCACACCUGUCCCUUGCAAAGUCCAAAGGGUGUGGUGGGAGAUUUUGAAGCUGGUGGCCAGGGCACUGCAGUGCCCACAAGGGGGCACCAUGGCUACACGUGGACCCCAGCGCCUGUGCCUCACCUCAGCCCCAGGGCAGGUGGAACAGAGACAGGAGGGAGGGCCUGGCUGGGGCACCUGCACACCCAGGAGGCCCUGAGCAGCUUCCACAGGGGCCUGGCACCCUCCCGCCCAACUCCACGGGCAUGCCCUGGGGGCCAGUGGGGGCUCCUGGCACAGAGCAAGCACUCAGGUGGGGCCAGACCUGUGUCAAGGUCACCGCCCAGCAGCGGGCCCUCGACCAGGCGAGGGUCUGUCACCCCUGCCUGGGGCCCUGGCGGGGCUCUUGCUUCAAGCCCGCCUCCGCCAGCCCAGGCUGCAGUCGGUGUGGGAAAUGAAGCACCAGGAGGGAAAAGGGAUGGCUUUAAUGUGCCGAGCAGAAUUUGACAAUCAGGAAUCUGUGAUUCGUCCCCGCUCCAAU